AUGGCUCACUUUAAGGAGGCUUCUGUGAAGAAGACCUCGGCGCUGAACCUGGUGAGCGGAUUCUUCCAGUAUCUGCGUGACGAGCAAGAGGCGGUGCAGAAGAGAACCUUCACCAAAUGGAUCAAUUCUCAUCUGGCGAAGCGUAAACCACCGCUGGAGGUCAACGACCUCUUUGAAGACAUCAAGGAUGGGCUGAAGCUGCUGGCUCUGCUGGAGGUCCUGUCAGGACAGAGACUGCCCUGUGAACAAGGCCGCCAGCUGAAGAGGAUCCACUGGGUUUCAAACAUCGGCACCGCUCUCAAGUUCCUGGAAGGCCGGAGGAUCAAGCUAGUUAACAUUCAUGCCACUGACAUCGCAGACGGAAGACCGUCUAUCAUCCUGGGUUUAAUAUGGACCAUCAUCCUCUACUUUCAGAUUGAAGAGUUAACCAGUAACCUGCCAGCGCUCCAAGCUCUUUCCAACAGCAGCUCAUCGGUGGACAGUAUGGCCAGCUCGGAAACCGGAAGUCCACCCGUCAAGAGGAAGGUGAUCACCAAAUUUCCGGGCAACGCCAAGAGAGCGCUACUGCGCUGGGUUCAAUGUACAGCCAAGCGGCAGGGCAUCGAGGUGAAGGACUUUGGGCCCAGCUGGCGCAGCGGUGUGGCGUUCCACUCCAUGGUGCAUGCCAUCAGGCCAGACCUGGUGGACAUGGAGGUUGUGAGAAGGAGGAACAACAGAGAGAACCUGGAGGAGGCCUUCGCCCUGGCGGAGAAUGAGCUGGGUAUCCCCCGUUUGCUUGAUCCAGAAGAUGUGGAUGUCAACAAGCCUGAUGAGAAGUCCAUCAUGACAUAUGUGGCUCAGUUCCUGAAGCAUUAUCCGAAUCCAAACUCGUAUGAGACGGAGGGGCAGCAGGAUGAGCUGCUUCUCGGCUCAGCUCCAGCCUUUGCACUCUCAGUGUCGGUGCUGCAGUUUGGCCCCCAGGAUAUUGAGCAAAUGCUUGAGAGAGAGGAGCGCAAAGUUCUUCGGGAGCUCAAAGUGUUUGUGGAUCAGUUGGAGAGAGAUGUGCUGCGCACCCAAGCUGCCGAGGGCAACCUCACCGACAAGUACCAGGCAUUCAAGAGCUUCCGUGUGCAGUAUGAAAUGAAGAAGAAGCAGACGGAGCCGCUGCUCCAGCCGGUGCAGCAGGACGGGAAGCUGUCGGUGGAGCAGGCUCUGGUCAGACAGGCCUGGGACCGCCUGUCCGUCAGGCUGCUGGACUGGCACAUCCACCUGGACAAGUCUCUGCCGGGGCCGCUGGGCAUGCUGGGAGCCUUGCUCCACCGAGCCGAGACAGCGCUUAGAGAGGAGAUCCCCACCCAGCAGGCUCACGAGGAGACGGCUAACAUCAUUCACUCUAAACUGGAGCAGCUGAAGGAGGUCCUGAAGAACCUGGAGUCCCACCGUCAGACCUUCCAGCAGAUCCACAGAGACCGCUCCGUCAACGGAGUGCCGCUUCCUCCGGAUCAGCUGCAGGACAUGGCCGAACGGUUCCAUCUCGUGUUGACGUGCUGUCACGCUCACCUGAUCAAACUGCAAUUCUGUGAGAUGAAGUAUCAUCUGAUGGCGUUUCUGAUGUUGGCCGAGUCGAAACUCAAGUCCUGGAUUAUCAAAUAUGGCCGACGGGACUCUGUUGAACUGCUGCUGCAAAGCUACAUUGCUUUCGUUGAAGGUCACAUGUUCUUUGAGCAAUAUGAGAUCAUCUACAAGUCCCUGAAGGAAGCUGCAGAGGUGUACAUCAAGUCAGACAGCUCAGGCUCUAAGACUUGUAACAGAGUGGACGAGGCCGAGGGUGUGAGUAAGUUCCUGAGCGAUGUCAGUGCCCAGUGGAGGAACGUGUCGGUGGAGGUGCGAUGCGUCCGCAGCAUGCUGGAGGAAGUCAUCGCCAACUGGGAGAAGUAUAGCAGCACAGUGGCCGGCCUGCAGGCCUGGCUGGAGGAUGCUGAGCAGAUGCUCAACCAGUCCGAAAGCCAGAAACGUGACUUUUACCGGAACCUGUCCCACUGGAUCCAGCAGCACAUGGACAUGAACGACGCCGGGAACUUCCUGAUCGAGACGUGUGACGAGACGGUGUCGCGGGAGCUGAAGCAGCAGCUGCUGCUGCUGAAUGGCAGAUGGAGGGAACUCUUCGUCAAAGUCAAACACUAUGCGCGGGCGGACGAGGUGGACAAGCUGAGGCAGGACUAUCAGGAGGCCAUCAAAACCCUCAAAGCCUUCAUGGACGCCACCAACGAGAAGAUGACGUCUCCUGUCCAAGUUUCUUUUCUGAACGUCAGAGCUUUCAUCCAGGAUGUGGAGGAAAUCAAAAACAAGGUGCCGGCUAUGGAUGCAGCCUGUAAAGCAGCCGGCCGCACUGCUCAGCUGCUGACGAAAGACACGCCUCAGGACGAGGUGGCCGAGAUGGUGGCCGCCAUGGCCUCCAUUAGAGAGCAGCUCAGCAAGAUCCGGGAGAGAUGUCUUCCUCUGCUAAGGGAGUCGCAGUCUCUCCUCCCUCCUCUGGAGGAGAUGGAGAAGAACAUCACAAGUUUCUAUCAGGCGCUGGAGAAGGCCAGCCGCAUCACCGGCACCAGAGACUCUGAGGGGCCCGUUGACUUCAAGCAGAAAUGCCAGGAGCUGGUGACCUUCACGCAGAGCUGUAAAAAAUGUCUGACAGUGAUUGAGAGGAACCAGCAGUACAUCCAGAAGAUUCUGGAGGGCAGUAAAAUGCUGCAGCACAUGGAGCUGGCCCUGCUGCAGAAGAGAGUGACAGACCUGCAGGCCUCCUCACAGGCCAUGAUACAGGAGUCUACAGAAUGGAGGAAACAUAUGGAGGCCAACAGCAGCCUGCUGAAGAGGUUUGAUGAGUCUCGUCUGGAGCUGGAGAAAGUUCUCAAGAUGGCGCAGAGUUGUCUGGCGGAGAGAGAAAACCCAGAGGAACUCCUCAAGAGACAUACGGAGUUCUUUGGCCAGCUUGACCAGCGGGUCCUGAACAGCUUUCUGAAAGCCUGUGAUGAGCUGACCGACAUUCUGCCUGAACAGGAACAGCAGUCUCUCCAAGAAACAGUCAGAAAGCUGCACAAACACUGGAAGGACAUUCAGACAGAAGCGCCCUUCCACCUUCUGCGUCUGCGGGUGGAGGUGGAGGGCAGCUGGCUAACGGCGGCCCUGCAGGAAGUGCAAGCGGAGCUGAGGAGGGAGAGCCGGCAGCUGGCCAGCCUCGGCAGCGAGCGGCUCAUCAGGGAGCACCGGAACUUUUUCAGAGAGAAAGGUCUUCAGGCCAUUUGUGAGAAGAGGCUGCAGGCGAUGGAGGAACUCUGUCAGAAGCUUCCGGAGAUGGACAACGGUCACUGGACGCUGAACUCCGCUAGGAAGACCUUCUCUGAAGUCCAGGAGCAGAUCGACAGCACCCAUCACAAACUAAUGCAGCACCCGGAUAAAUGGAAGGAGUACGACUCCAGGUACGCUGAUCUCUCCUGCUGGCUCAUUUCCAAAGAGAGCCAACUCCGACUGCUGAGGAACCGAACCUGCGACCCCAGCAGAUACGGGCAGGUGAAGACCACCAUCACAGAACUGAGGAACGAGGUGGAGCUGCAGGAGGGGAACCUGGGCUGGCUCCGGGCCCGCAUGGCAGCCCUGAUCGAGAUCUGUGCCGACAGCGAUGCCCAGCGACAAGGAGCAGCACUCAGCAAACUCUCAGCGGAUUUUAGGGGCCUCCUGGCCUCCCUGUCCAAGGCUGAGAAGAAGGUGCUGGCCGUGGGGGACUGUGUGCAGUUCAGGGAGGAGGUGCGCAGGACUCUGGAGGAGCUGGUGCAGAGCCAGAAGGAGGUGCAGUCGGAGGUCUGCAGGAUUCUGGACUGUCAGACUGUCAGGGAGGCCCAACAACUCCUCCUCGUUCACCAGCAACUGUUGAAGCGUCUGAAGCUGAAGAGAAAGGAGGUGCAGCAUUUGAUCAGCAGGGGGCAGCAGCUUCAGGCAGAGGAGGGUCUGGGCGAGUCUCUGCAGCAGGACCUGCAGACUUUAGAGAACACCCUCAGUAAGAUGGAGCACAACAUGGACGCCCAGGAGCAAAGCCUGGAGGUGACUCUGUCAGCCUGGCAGGAGUUUGACAGCCAGCAGGAGGCAGUACAGGAUUUUGUUAAUAAAGCUCGCUCGGCCAUGGAGAGAGACCUGGUCUUCAGCAGCCCUGAAAGUCUUUCUGUUGAAGUGGACCAAGCCCGAGUGCUGUUGAAACAGUGUGAGGCAGAGGCCUCCCAUAUGAACACUUUACUGAAGAGGGCUACUGAAAUCCAGCUCGGUCCGAAGAACAGGACUCUGCUCCUGGAUCAGGUCCGCUCCCUCACCGAGCAAGUGGACAAAGCGGAGGCCAGACUCAAGAAAGAUGUCAAGACUCUUGAAGGAAUGAAAGCUCAGUGGGAACAGUUUGGAAGCAGCUUUGAAGCCUUUUCUGUUUGGAUAUCUGACAAGGAAAAACAGCUGGACACCCUGAAAAGUUCAUUGGCACCUCUGGAGCAGCAGAUCAACACAGUGAAGGCAGUAAGCUCAGAGCUCAGCGACCGGGCCGAGGUUCUGUCCCGGCUGGAGGCGGACUCCCAGGUGCUGGCACACUUUGUGUCCUCGGGCGAGACGGCUCGCAUCAAGGCCCGUCUGACGCAGAUCGGCCGCUACUGGGAAGAGCUGAAGGAGAGCCUGACGCAGCUCGACUCCCAGCUGGAGGAAAACUCCUCUCACCAGCAGAGGUUCAACACCAGCCUGCAGGAGGCACAGACAGCACUUAGUGAGCUACAGAAGAAACUGGAGCAGCCCAUCCAGACCUGCACCUCCUCAUCAGGGACCUACAAAGCCCUUCAAAACCACAUGGAUGUCGGUCAGUGUCUGGAGAGGAUGAAGGUGACCUUGUUUUCUCUGUCCGCCGCUGCUCGAAGGCUCAGUGACAGAGAACAGGCCGAGCGUUUGGUGUCAGCGCUGCAGAUCAGCUACGAGAAGAACGUACAGCAAGCUAAAGACAAGCAGAACAACCUGGAGAACCUGCUGUCAGUCUGGCAAAGGUUUGAGAAGGAUCGAUCCAGUUUGGUUUCCUGUUUGGAGAGAAGCGAGGCGGUGUCCCGGCAGGAGAGUCCCGGUCUUCCUGCAGAUAAAACUAAGAUCCAUAGUGAGCUGCAAGACUUACAGGCGUUGUUGUGUGAGGUGCAGUCUCUGGAGAACCUCCUGGAUGGACUGCUGUCUCUGGAAGCUUCGCUGUCGCCUGCUGCUCCAGAAGAGAAUGUUGGGCAACUCAGAGAGGAGCUGAAAGAGCUACAGAACAGGUUCUACUCCCAGAAAGAAGCCAUCCCUCGCAGAAUCGGCAAGCUGCAGAGCCACCUGGUCCAGGUGGAGCAGUUUGACAAGAGCCUCCUCAAGUUCUCCCAGGGGAGCGAUGGCGUCCUGUCCAGCCUGCAUUCAGCUCCUCAAAUCAACAUCACCAACCUGCAACCGGCCUCAGUGCAAGUUAAGGAGACUCUACUGAUGCUGCAGAAGCAGUCGGACCAGGUCCAGAACUUGCAGCAGCAGAUGGAGAGGCUGUGUGCUUCCUGUGAGCUGGGGGACUCGCCAUUCCUCCACAGCAGGAAGGAGAACUGUGUCCAGUCCUACCUGGAGGCCCAGCACACUGCCCAGCUCCAACUGGAGUGCUUGGACAGACUCGAGGUGUUCCUGCAAACGCGCAGCGUGGCAGCUGGUGUGCUGCGAGGUCUGAGGCAGACGGUGGAGAGCGCGGGGAGCUGGGACCGCAGCAGGGUGGAGGAGCUGCAGCAGGAGUUGACUGUUAUCGUCCCCGACAUUGGGCAGCUAGAGACACUCGCCGUUGGCCUGGACAGCAGCCUCUGCAAAGUGCACCUCCACAUGGGUGGGGACGAUGGCUUGCGCACUUCCUGCCGCUCACUGGCCGACUCUCUAAGCGUGGAGCUGGAUGCUGUGAGGAACCUGCUAGGUUCAAAGCAGAGCGAAGCAGAGGCCCUUGGCGCUCUGUGGUCCUCAUUUAGACAGAGGAAGGAGCAGCUGCUGAAAACUGUAGAGGACAUUGAGGAAAAAGCUGAUCAGCAGAGCCUCAAAGAGCCCAACGUACAUGCUCUCCAACAGAGGCUGCGUUUCUUCAACCAGCUGGAGGACGAGCUGCAGUCCCACCAGCAUGAGGAGCAGUGGCUCAGGGACAAAGGCCAGCAGCUGGCCCAGAGAGACGCAGAGCUAGCCGGGGAGGUGUUGAGGGAGAUUAGCCUCCUGGAGACCACCUGGGCUGACACCAAGAGACUCAUCAUGGACAGGCAGGAGCAAUGCGGUGUUCUUGUGGAACUGAGUCGAGAAUACCAAAACCUAAAGGCCUCCAUCAGCUCCAUCCUGGAGAACAGCGAGCAGGUUCUUCAGAUAAACUCAGCUCUGAAAGUCCAUGAAGAAACCAGGAGGUCACUGUCCAAGCAUGAGGUGCUGAAGGGAGAGAUGGCGGUCAAACAUCAACAGUUCGAUCAGUUUUCCAGCAAAGGGAAGCAGCUGCUGAAUGAACUGAAAAAGAUCCCGGACUUCGAUUCCCAAUCCACGAGGAUGGAAAUGGAAGCUUUAAUAGAUCAGUGGCUGGAUGUUUCUGAGAAGAUAGAUGAGAACAUUGAGAGUCUGAGCCAGAGUCUGGCGCUGUGGGACGAGGUGCGUAAAAUCAGUGAUGACAUCGAGAGCUGGACAAGCAGCUGUGUGUUGGAGCUCAACGAGAACCUCAACAACCUCAACCACAGUCACAAGAUGUCCUCCAGGCUGUCCGCCUUACAGACAGAAAUCAGUGAGAAAGAAAAACAACUGGAGACCCUUCAGGGAAAAGUGUUGGAACUGAAUCAGCGAAGUCAAAAUGAAGAGACUCCUACUAAACUGCAGGUGCUGGAGGCUGAUCUGAAAAAGAAAAUCCAUAUCGUUGAGAAGCUGAGUGAGCAGACCAGAGGAAACCUCCGAGACAUCAGCACCCAACGCAAACAGCUGGAGGACUACAUCUCCCAGAUGUCUGCGUGGCUGAAAAGUAUGGAGGACUCACUGGUCUCCUCCCCGACUGGAUCCAAUCCUGAGGACAUCUGCAGAGUGAAGGACCUUCAGAAAGAGCUGCAGAACCAACAGGGAAGCAUCGACUCCACCCGCGAGAGCCUCAACACGCUGUGCAGGAAAUAUCCCUCGGAGGAGCUCGCCAGCUUGGGCUCGGCACUCACGGACCUCAUCAAGACUUACGAGUCCAUCAACCAGCUGUCGGCCCGGACGCUGGCAUCCCUGCAGCUCUGCCUGCAGCAGCACUUCAACGACCUUGUUCAGGAGUUUCAUCGCUGGCUUUCUGAACAGAGGGAGAUAGUGAAGGAGUGCUCCGACCGCUCUGGAGACACUCUCAUUGUGGAGCGCAAACUACAGAAACUGAAGGGAGCGCUGGACCGUGUGGAGGAGGGCGAGGUGCGUCUCACUCAGGUGUGCGAGGAAGGGGAGAAGCUUCUCCUCCAUCUCCCUAAGGCGAGUGGUGGGCAGGUCCAGCAGCGGCUGUCCUCCAUCCAGCAGGACUGGGACGGCUUUGUGGAGCAGUGCCGACAGAACCAGCAGAUCCUAGAAGACAGCGCCUCAACGAUGAAGAGGUUUGAGAGUCAUCUGAAGAAGCUGAGGUGCUGGUUGGAGAAGAUGGAGAAGAGAAUGACUGUCAGCCUGCCUGAAGGUCGACAACGAGGCUCUGAGAAGGCUCUGCUAGAGCAGGUGGAGGAAUACCAACAGGAAGUGCUGAAAGAGAGGGACUCGUUUGAGCGUCUCUGUCAGGAGGGCCAGGCGCUGAAUGAGGGUGGGCGAGGUGACGGCAGCGAGACGCGGGUGUCGGCUCAGCUGCAGUCGCAGCAUCAGGCGCUGCUGCGCCGCGUCCAGGAGAAGCUGCGCUGCUGCCAGCUCAGCCUGCAGGAGCAGCAGGUCUUUGAAGAGACGCUGCAGACCACAUGGAGCUGGCUCAAUGGAGUCCAGGAGCGCCUGGCUGCACUCAACAGCACUGUGGGCAACAAGGAGACCCUGGAGAAGAGACUGGCACUCGUACAGGACAUCCUCCUGAUGAAGGGUGAGGGAGAGGUGAAGUUAAACAUGACUGUGGGGAAAGGUGAGCAGAUUCUGAAACACAACAGCGUGGAGGGGCAGGAGGCCAUCCGCUCCCAGCUCCAGAGCCUGAAGGAUGCCUGGGCUCACAUGCUGAUGAGCUCCAUGAGCUGCCACAGUCGUUUGGAGUGGACGGUUGCCCAGUGGAGCGGCUUCCAGGAGAGUCGGUCUCAGCUGCAGCAGUGGAUGGAGGUGGUGGAGCAGGAGGUGGGAAUGGCUCUGCCACAACAGCCAGGGCUGAAGGAGAAAGCCUCUCUGCUGGAGCGCCUCAGGGCCAUCCAGGCCGACGUGGAGGCCCAUACAACGGCCAUGAAGUGCCUCACUGAAAAGGCUGUGGAGCUCCACGAUAAAACGGGUGACCAGACCUUUUGCCUCGAGGCCAGGGCGGAACUCAGCGAGCACUUUGCCGAUAUCUCAGCUGUGGUGAAGGGUAAAGUCCAGUUCAUGGAGGGGAUUGUGUCUGAGCAUGAGCAGUACAUGGACGCUGUGAGAGACUUUAAUGAUUGGCUAAUCUCUGCCAAGGAGGAGCUUCAGCGCUGGUCCGACCUUUCCGGAGACUCCGUUUCCAUUAGGAGGAAGCUCUCCAAAGUGCAGGAGCUGCUUGACUCCCGGCAGCGCGGCAGGGAGAGGCUGAGCCGGGUGCAGAGGAGCGGCACGGCGGCCAGGGACCACACGGGCUCCGUGGGCUUUGAGGCCAUGGAGCGAGAGGAGGCGGCCCUGCUCUGCUGCUGGGAGCAGUGGGAACGCGGGGCACUGCAAAUGAGGGCCGGCCUGGAGACGGCGCUUUCUCAGAUCGCCAGCUCCGAACACGAGUUCAACCAACUGUCGGCUCAGCUGGAGCAAGACUUGCAGGAGCUCAGUCGACAGCUGCAGGCCUGCCAUCUGCGGCUGGCGCAGGCCGAGGGGAAGUACAGCGGCGAGGAGGCCGUUAAUGGCUGGCAGAUAGCAAAGGACGUUGUGGAGGGUUUGGUGAAAGCCGAGCCGCUGUUUGACAGCCUGAAGAUGCAGCUGAAUGAACUGUGUCGCUUCUCCAGAGACCUGGGGCACCAGUCUGACAGGGUCUCCUCUCUUAUCAAGGAGUACAACAGUUUGAGCCUCCAGGCCAACAGGGAGUGCCAGAGUAAAGAGAAGCUGUUGGAGCAGGGCUUCCGCUCAGCCUUCCGAGAAUUCCAGCAGUGGCUGGUCAACGCCAAAAUCAACACGGCCAAAUGUUUCGAUGUGCCGCAGAACAUCAGCGAGACCUCAGCGAGUCUGCAGAAGAUCCAGGAGUUCCUGAAUGACAGGGAGCAGGGCCAAUCCAAGCUCGGUGCUGUGGUGGCGAGUAGCGAGCUGGUCGCCAGCGUCGCCGCCAAAGACAGAGCCGACGCUAUUGGUGCUAAGAUGUAUAGUGCCAGAGAGGACUGGAAAAACCUGAUGUCAAACCUGCACAGCAGAGAGACGAGUCUACAGAAUCUUCUGACCCAGAUGAAAGACUUUGAAGCGAGCGCAGAGCCUCUUCAGGACUGGCUUCACUCCACAGAGCUGGCCGUGCAGGAGAGCAGCACGCGCCUCCACGAUCUCGCAGCCAAGAAGCAGGAGCUACAUAGGCUACAGUCUGCGCUAGAGGAGUUAGCCUCCCAGGAGGCUCAGCUGGGCAGGCUAAAAGAGAAGGCCCAGCGGCUGUGGGAUGAACAUGAGGCCGGAAAGGGCUUUGUGCACCGCGUCUCGCAGCUCUGCGCUCAGUUCCUAUCUCUAACCAACCUGACCAAGGAGAAGGCUUCGCGAAUUGAUCGGAUGGUGACAGAGCACCAGAUGUUCUCCCAGGGGUUGAAGGAGCUGCAGAACUGGGUUGCUGACACCAGCCACAUGCUGCAGACCUACUGCACCCCUUCUGCUGACAAAAACAUUCUGGACAGCAGAAUGAUCAAACUGGAGGCCCUGCUGACAGCCCGUCAGGAGAAGGAGAUCCAGCUGAAGAUGGUGAUCACCAGAGGAGAGUCGGUGCAGAGGAACACCUCAGCUGAAGGCGUUCCUUCUGUCCGCAAGCACAUCCAGGAACUGAAGGACUCCUGGGACACCCUGCUCUCUGCUUCCAUCCAGUGCAAAAGCCAUUUGGAGGGCUCUCUCUCUCAGUGGACGAGCUACCAGGAGGACAUGCAUCAGUUUGUGGCGUGGUUGGAGCAUGUGGAGGAGAACCUGGACCCAACAGAGAAGCAGUGCUCCGAGAUGAGAGACAAAACUGCCAACCUGGGCAAAGCCAAGUUGCUGUAUGAGGAGGUGCUGAGUCACAGCACAUUACUGGACACUAUCGUCACCAAAAGUGCCAACAUGGCCGAACACUAUGUUACUCAGCUGGAGCUCCAAGAACUACAGGAACGCUACAAUGCUGUCAAGGACAACACCAUGAGUGCAGUGGGGAAAGCAGAGGAGCUGGUGAAGGCCCACCAGGAGUACCAGCGGGGCCUCCACGCCUUCGAGGGCUGGCUGGAACAGGAGCAGGAAAAGCUGACCUGCUACACCCAGCUGGAGGGAGAUGUGGACACGCUGGAGGAGACACUUCAGAGGCUACAGGAACUGCAGCUGCACUGCACGGAGGGCCAGGCUCUUCUCAACACGUUGCUGGUUAGUCGGGAGCUGGUCACUCCUUGGGGGCUUCCCCAGAUGGAGCAGCGGGCGCUGGACAUUGUCCAGCAGGAGUGGAGGCUGUACCAGGCCCGGCUGGCAGACACUCGGGCCAAGCUAAACAGCGCUCUGGCCAAGCUCCGGCGGAUGGAACAGAAGUUCCAGCGCCUUGACAGCUGGCUGAAGAGCAUGGAGACCAAGGGGCAUCUGCGCAGCCACCGCCGAUCCGACCGCACCACCAAAGAUGCUCAGCUUCAGCUAAUAAAGAGCUGGCAGGAGGAAGUUCUGGUCUACCAGGAAGAGAUGGAGGGUCUCAGUGUUCUGGCUCAGCAGGUUCUGGAUGAGACUCGCAUCAGUAGCAGGAUCAGCACCAGAGCCACCCAGCUUACCGCCCGCUACCAGGCCCUGCUCCUGCAUUUACUGGACACCACAAAGCAGCUCCAGGAGGAAGUGACCUGUAUUGAAGAGGCACAGAGCAUCUUCAGCAGCUUCACAGAUUGGCUGAGCACUGCUCAGAACAACUUCAACACGGUGGCCGUCAGUAUUGACGUAGUGGAUCGCAUGGCCAUGGAGAGAAAAAUGAAGAAGCUAGAGUCUCUUCAGGGAGACAUGGAGCAGGGUCACAGCUUCCUUAAAACAGUGAGAGAGAAGACUGAGCGCACCAUGACUUACCUGGAGGAACCAGAGGCAGCACAGCUCAAAGAGGAGGUGAAUACCUGCCUCCUCCAGUUGGAAGGGCUGAUGGCGGCUCUCCGCAUGGAGCAAAGCUCCCUGGAGAAAUGCAUCUCGCUAUCUAAAGACUUCCUGGAUAAAUACAAGACCCAGGCCCAGUGGGUCACUGAGACCAAGAACCUGUUAGCGUCCUCCCUGGAGCCCAAAGCGGAACUCUACCAGAAGAAAGCUCAGCUAGCCAAAUACAAGACCAUCCAGCAGAUGGUGCAGUCUCAUGAGUCAGCAGUGAAAUCUGUCAUAGAGAAAGGAGAAGCCCUGCUCGAAACGGUGCGGGACCCCACGAUCACCGACAAUAUGACACAGCUACAGGCCAGCUACCAGGAACUCUGCAUGGCAGCGAAGAGUCAGGUCCACAGCUUUAUGGAGUGGGUGAAGGAACAUGAGGAUUACAACAGCGAGCUGCAGGAAGUGGAGAGAUGGCUCCUGCAGAUGUCCAGCAGGCUGGUGACCUCUGACCCCAUGCAAACCAGCAGUAUGGAGACAGCCACACAGCAGUUGGCACGACACAAGGCCGUGAUGGAGGACAUAGCCAGCUUCCAGGAGCGUCUCAGCAGCCUGCAGCAGAAGGGAGAGGAACUGGUGGCGAGCUGUACUGAGCAGGUCCAAGCCAAAAUCAGUCAGCAGGUUCAGGCUCAGCAGCAGGGAACCAGAGAUAGUUACUCUGCCAUCUGCAGCACCGCCCAGCGGGUGUAUCAGAGUCUGGACAGAGAGCUGCAGAAGCACGUUAGUCAUCAGGAUACGCUCCAGCAGAGUCAGGCCUGGAUUUCCACCGUGCAGCAAGAGCUCCAACUCAGUGACCUGAUGCCCUCCGGCCUGCAGGAAGCGCUCAGACAGGUGAAGCACUACCGGGCCCUUCAGGAGCAGGCCAGUACUUACCUGGACCUGGUGUGUUCUGUCUGUGACCUCUCUGACGAUGCUGUGAGGGUCACGGCCACCGAUGUCCAGCAAGUCAAACUCACGAUAGAGGAGAGGAUGUCCAGUGCCCAGGAGCUGUCAGAUGGCUGGAGGGAGGUGAAGGAGCAGAAGCAGGAGCUGUCAGGCCUCCUGCAGGACUUGGAGCAGCAGCUUCUCAGCUUCUCUCGUCGGCCCGGUGAGCUGGAGACCAAGUUAGCUCAAAACAUGCUAACACAGGCUGAGGAGUUCAGCCAGCAGCUGCAGUCGAAGCAGGGUGUCCUGACAAAGAUGACGGAGAGCGUCAGCCGACUAACAGGAGGUCAGGACUCACCGGAGCUCACUGAGCUGAACCGUCUGAGCCACGCCUGGCUGGAGCUCUGCCACCAAGCCAGCAGGCUGAAGGAGCAGAGGGAGGGGGACCUGCAGAGGGCCAGCAAGUAUCAUGACUGCGUCAAAGCCAUGGAGGCCCUGUUCGAACAGGUCUCUAAGGAGUGGGACAGCCUGGCCAGAACUGAUGCUGAGAGUUCCUCUGAGCAUUUGGAGGCUCUGAAGAAACUUGCAGUUGCUCUCAAAGAGGAAAGAGGAACCCUUGAAGACCUAAAGGAGAAGAGGCAGAAAGUCCUUCAGCAUCUGAACUUGGAUGACAAGGAGCUAGUUAAGGAGCAGAUCAGCCACUUUGAGCAGCGCUGGUCCCAGCUCCAGAGUCUGAUCGAGAGAAAGAUCCAGUACUCAGUGGUUACCCUGGAAGACAUGGGCCAGGUGGAGGCCCGCCUGAGGGAGGCCCGGGAUUGGGCUGAGGAGCAGCAGCCAGUUUUGUCUGAGGCCAUGAAGAUGAGUCCUCCACCGGAGCUGGCGCAGAGCUUUCUGUUCGACCACCUGAGCAUCUGCAGUGAACUGGAGGCCAAACAGCUCUUGUUGGCCCAGGCCAUGGCAGAUGCCGAUAGGGUUUUGGCUCAUCUGGGCCUCAAUGAGCGACAGCACCUGCAGCAGCUGAUUGCUGACACUCAGUCUGAGGUGGAGUCUCUGAGCGUCAAAGUGUCCCAGCGCAGGAAGCACCUCAGCAAGGCCUUUACGGAGAGGACACAGUUUCUGAUGGCCGUUAGCCAGUCCAUCACCUGGGUCCAACAGAACGAGAAGAAGGCCCAGGUGGAGGAGUACGUGGCCCUGCUCCCUGAUGACCUGGCCAAGCAGGUCAGAACCUGCAGGAACAUCCAGAGCAGCCUGAAAGCCUAUCAGAGUGAGCUUACCUCCCUGUGGGCUCAGGGAAGGGACCUGAUGAGAGAUGCCAGUGAGGACGAGAGGAACGAGAUACUCACAAAGUUGCAGGAGUUGCAGAACAUUUUUGAGAAAACUCUGCAUAGAUGUGGCCAGAGGCUACAGGAACUGGAGAAGGUCCUGGUGUCCAGGAAGUAUUUCAAGACAGACCUGGAAAAGACAUGUCAGUGGUUAAAGCAAGCUGACAUAAUAACCUUUCCUGAAAUCAAUCUAAUGAACGGUGACACAGAAUUGGAAGCUCAGUUGCUUAAGUAUCAACAGAUAAUCGAGCAGGCAGUUGAAUACGAGAGCAUCCUCCUCAACGUACAAAGAGCCGGCCAGGAGAUACUGCCCACACUAAAUGAAGUAGACCACUGCUACCUGGAUGAAAAGCUCAACACCAUGCCUCAGCAUUACAACAACAUAUUGGCUUUAGCCAAAGAAAAACGGGAAAAAAUCCAUCAGGCCAUUCUGGCAAGGAAGGAGUAUGCCUCUUUUAUCGAUGUCACUCACAAAGCACUGAAGGAGCUAGAGGAACAGUUCAAUAAUCUGGGGACACAGCCUGUUGGCUUGGAAACAGAAGAAGUUGUCAGUUUGCAGAGCGAAUACAAAGCCAUUCAGGCAGACCUUAGCAAUCUGAGUCUGGCAGUCAGUGAACUGAACCAGAAGAAAGAGGGUUUCCGGAGCACGGGUCAGCCAUGGCGGCCAGAGGAGAUGACCCAGUUGGUGAGUCUCUACAACAGCCUAAAGAGGCUGGUGGAACAGAAAGUGGAGCACCUGGACGACACACUGGAGUCAUUUGAGGACCACAAGGCAAUGGCCCAGCAGGUCGAUUCUGAGCUGAAAGCCACCAAAGAGCAGCUGGUCAAGGUCAACGCUGAAACCCAGUCGGCGGAAGAGAGACUGAAGAAUUACCAUGCUCUGGCGGGGAGCCUCCAGAGUGCCAACUCUCACCUGUCCAGGCUGAUGGAGCAGAUGGACACUUUGGCUCUUCGUGUGGACCAGGCAGCCCAGGAUGCCUCCAAGGAGCAGGUGCUGCUGUGGCAGGAGGAGCUGCGCUCCCUCCAGUCCGCGGUGGGCGAGCUAAUUGAGGAGUGUGAGAACAGGUUCGUACAGAGCAAAGACUUUGAGACGGAAAUGAAGAGGACACUGGACUGGCUGCAGCAGGUCAGGGAUGAGCUGGGCUGUGCCGUCAUUGUGGACGUGAGGGUGGAGAAGGUCCAGGAGGAGAUCAGGAAACAGCAGAUCAUGCAGGAGGAGGUUCAGUCCAUGUUGAGGAUUGUGGCAGCUCUAAGCAGCAGAGAGAAACAGAAGUACAUCAGUGCCAAUGAGCUGGUCCCGACCCACGUGGACACGAGCCUGGAGGAAAUGGCCAAGCUGCAGGCGGAUGUUCAGAAAGCGCUGAGUUCCAAACAGAUCACAUUGGAGCAGGCCUUGGUCUUAUGCCAGACAUACCAUUUCCGGAUGCAAGCAGCGUGUGAGUGGCUGGAGGAGGCCGUAUCUUUCCUGCAGCAGGCCAGUCUAGGUGUGGAUGUGGAGAACUACGAGGAGUGUCUACGGCAGCAGGAGGACAUCCUGGCCACCGAACAGGAGUUCCUUAUCCAUCUAGAGGAGCUGCAGGCACUGCCGUCCCAGUUGGACAAACUGGUCAACCCCACCGCCCGCCAGCAGCUGCGGCAGAGCGUGGAGUCGGCCCAGCAGAGGGGUGUGGAGGUUCGGGAUCAGCUCCAGUGUCAUCAGGACGUCCUGCAAAGCUGUGUGGCCCAGUGGACGUCAUACCAGGAGGCAAGGCAGACUGUCAUUGAGUUGAUGAACGAGGCAGAGAAGAAACUGACCGAGUUCUCCACGGCGAAGGCCGCCACAAGCCAGGAAGCAGAGGAGAAGCUACGCAGUCAUAGAUCGCUUGUGUCUCUGGUGAAUGGGUUCCAGGAGAAGCUGAGUGGUUUGGAGGAGCAGGCCUCCCAGUUAGAGCUGGUGGGGAGUGACGCCAGUAAGGCCACCAUCAGCCGCUCCAUGACCACUGUGUGGCAGCGCUGGACGCGGCUACGCAGUGUGGCCCGCGGCCAGGAGAGAGUGCUAGAGGACACGGCACAGGAAUGGAGAACCUUCAGGGAGAAGAUGGUGAAGCUGAGGUCGGUGUCUGAGGAGCUGCAGGCGCGUUUCUCUGAUAGUGCAGUGGAGAAAGCCUCCAAAGCCUCCCUGCAGUCGCUGCUAGAGCAGCAGGACCUGCUGAGCCUGGACCUGGAGAGGGAGCUGUCUUCACUGGCUCUGCUGCGGCAGUAUGCUCUCAGCCUGCUGCACGAUGUGGAGGUGCCCUCACCCACCGCCGACCAGGAAGAGCUGCCCAGCCUCAAGGAGAUCAGAGCCGUACAGGACAAACUGGAAAGCCUCCUGACCCAGUCUAGGACCAAGCAGGCCCAGGUGGGUCAGGAGCUGAGGGAACGUCAGGAGGUGGAAAAGGACCUGAGUGUGGUGAAAGCCUGGAUCCAGCAGACCAGAGACCUCCUCCUCAACUCCAGCCCAGACAUCGACGCUUUACUGCAGGAGCUGGAGGUCGUGCAUGGUGAUGUCAUCACUUACCAACAGAACGUUGACAAAAUAGCAGAGCAGCAGCAGAGUAAAUACCUGGACCUCUACACCAUCCUGCCCUCUGAAAUCUCCAUGCAGCUGGCAGAGGUCUCACUUGCAUUGGGCGCCAUUGAAGACCAGGUUCUGUCCAAAGAGCGAGAAAUUCAGAAAACCAGAGACAUAAAGGAGGAGUACAACUCCAGAAUCCACGAUGUGUCUGAGAAACUGAAAACCAUCUCCAACAGAUUUAAGGAAAAAUCCUCAGAUGUCGACCAUGCCAGAGAAGAGGUCAAGAGCCUGGCCGAGGACUUGGACAGGUGUGGUUGCAGCCUUGCUGAGCUUGAUGCUGCCGUUCAGGAAUUUGGUCGCAGGAACCCCCUGCUAGCCAAACAGCUCAGUGAUGCCAUUGGCAAACUGUCAGAGCUCCAUCACCACACAACCCGACUGGCAGACUGCAGGAACAACUGGCUUAAAAAGGCUGUGUGUUAUUUGGACGAGUAUAAUGAGAUGCUGGACUUCAUUGUGAGGUGGUCUGAGAAAGCCAAGAGCCUGGUGAGGGCAAACAUCAUCUGGAACUCCACAGUUCUCCUGCAGGAGCAAAUCAGGAUGUACCAGGCCGUCCUGAGAGAGUCCCGAGAGCUACAUGGAGACUUGGAAUCCAUGGGUGAGAAGGUGGAGCUCCUAUCGGAGGUGCUGCAGGUGGAAGUGAUGAGCCAGCAGCUGUGUGAGCUCAGCCGCCACACCGAGGAGCUGCAGCAGAGCAUCAAGAGCCGCCUGCAGAGCCUGCAGGACGCCCACAAGAGUAUGGAAACCCUGGAGUGUGAGGUGAAGGCUCUGCAUGUCGCGCUGGAGCAGGUCCAGUCCACACUGACUUCCUCUGAACUGGCCCACCAGAGCCUGAAAGAACAGCUGACCCACAGACAGCGCCUGCUGGCAGAUAUGGAAAGUUUCAAGCAGCAGGUCCAGACAGUGCAGCUCUGCCAGGGCGCUUUGCAGGUUCCAGAGGAAGUGAUGCCCAACCUUGCCAUUUGUCGCACUGCCCUGCGCCUGCAGCAGGAGGCCAGUCAGCUACAGCAUGUUGCCAUCCAACAAUGCAACAUUCUACAGGAGGCAGUGGUGCAGUAUGAGCAGUAUGAACAGGAAGUGAGAGACCUGCAGGGGUUGAUAGAGGAAGCCCACCGAGUCAUCCAGGACCGGCCCAUUCCUGCUAGCAACAUCCAGGAGUUGCAGGCCCAGAUACUACAUCACGAGCAACUGGCCCAGAAGAUCAAAGGUUACCAAGAGCAGAUUGCCUCACUCAACUCCAAAUGUAAGAUGCUAGCGGUGAAGGCCAAACAUGCCACCAUGCUGCUGACCGUGACUGACGUGGAGGGGAUCCCUGAGACGCCGGAGGAUGGCUACGAGGACAUGCCGAAGAAACCUUCAGCGCAAGCCUUCAUGGUGACUGCCGGUCGCUGCCACACCCUCCUGUCUCCCGUCACCGAGGAGUCCGGCGAGGAGGUGGCCAACAGUGACGUCUCCGCCUCUCCCAUCUGUCGCUCCCCCUCUCCUGUCACUCACACUGAGGCCUCUGUCAACAAGCUUGGACAGGGAACUUUGUCCAGGGUGCCCAUCCAGGAGUUAUACGACCCGACGUUUCAGUCUGUGGCGAACCUUGAUGACCUGCAACGCUCCUGGGAGACCUUGAAGAAUGUGAUCAGCGAGAAGCAGCGGUCUCUGUACGAAGCUCUGGAGAAGCAGCAGCAUUAUCAAGGCUCUCUGCAGAACCUCUCCUCCAACAUGGAGGUCCUGGAGGCCAAACUCAGCCAGCCUCCAGAGCUGGACACUAGCCCAGAGAGUCAGGUGGAGAUCCAUCAGGGUGUGAUGGGAGAGAUUGAGUCUCUCCAGGAAGAGAUCAACCAGCUGCAGUCCAGCUUCACAGAGGAGAUGGCCUCUGCCACCACCACCGCUUCUGCUGAUACCGCGGACUCGGACGUGGCCAACCAGAUGGCUAUGCAGUCGUCUCUGGCAGUACUGGCUGAGAGGAUCGCCACCAUCCGCAUGAAGGCCUCUUGGAAACAGCAGCUGCUGGAGGAACGUAUCAGUGAGCGUCUGGAGGCUCAGAAACAGGAGGAGGCCGUCCAGCUGUACCGCAACCAGGCUGAAGAACUGGACCAAUGGCUGACAUCUGCUCGGCAGACCCUCAACGCCAACAUGGAGGCGAAACCUCAGGAAGAGACAGAGAUGGAGGACCAGCUCACUGAAUGUCAGAACAUGCUGCUGGAGAUCGAGGAGAAGGUGCUGGCGCUGUCGGAGUUGAGUGUGCAUGCCGAGCGGCUGCUGACAGAGGGCCAAGCGGAGAACAGGGAGGAGGCCGAGCGGCUGAGCAGGAAGCUGCGCAUGCUGAAGGGGAGUUUGCUGGAGUUGCAGGGUAUCCUGCAAGACCGACAGGUCAACAUCCAGGUCUCUCUGCAGGAGCAGGAGGACAGUGAGUCGGACUCCACUCUGUCUCAGACUCCCAGUGUUCAGGACUGGCUGGUCCAGGCUCGCUCCACUCGCUCCCAGCAGCAGCUGGACAGUCUACAGAGACAGAGGGAGCUGGAGGAGCAACUGGAGGAGCAGAAGAAGCUGCUGCAGUCGGUUGCCAGCAGAGGGGAAGAAAUCCUCAUCCAGCAGGCUUCACCCAGUGGGAACAGCACCACGGAGCCAUUCUCUGCAGAGUCUCUGGUUGACAGAGAGAACCGGGCCGGAGCCGAGCUGAUGAGACAGAGGUGGGAGAGUCUGAGACUGGAGCUCAGAACCAAAUUAACACUGCUACAAAAAACUCUGGAAGAGGACCACAAACAGCCGGUUUAUUCCAGAACAUCCCAUGUGACCACAUUGGGACCGCUGUUUAAAGGAGUGGUCCAGGCCCUCAACCGAGGCUCCCUGAAGUCUCUGUAUGAUACCUACAGACAAGCCAUGGAGGAGGCCACCACUCAGGCGAGGCGGUGGGAGGAGCGGCUCCACACAGCGGUGGCAUCCACCUCCGCCUGGCUGGAUGACCUGGAGAACUCCCUCUUUUCUGGGUCAGUCCUGUUGGCCCAAGAUGCAGAGACACAGCUACAGAGGCAGGAGAGCUCGGAGAGCGAUGUGAGGAUUGUGACGGAGGAGGUCAAUCACAGCCGGGCCCUGCUGGCUGGAGCUGGUGGCCUUGACCCAGAGGAACGCCUCCUGCUGGAGGACUGUCUGGACUGUCUGAAGGAGAGAUUAGGAGCGCUGGGUUUGGCUUUGAGGAGACGCUGUGAACACAUGAGGAGCAGGAUGCACCAACUCACCACCUACCAGACGGAGAUGCAGCUCCUCCAAACUGAUCUGAUCGAGACCAAGUGCCAGAUUCUACAAAGGCUAGCUGGAGCCAUGGACAAGUCAGCCUGCAAACAGCUUGAGGUCAUUGCUGAGGCAGAGGGGAGUCUGAAAGCCUUUGAGCAAAGAAUCACAGAAUUGAAAGCCCGAGGCGCUGCGCUGCCCGCAGAUCAGAAUUCAACCAACAAGCUGCUCAAACUCCAAGACGCCUAUGAGGAGCUGGUGAUGACAGUGGGCUCGCGGCGUAGUGGGCUGAACCAGAACAUGGCUCUGAAGGAGCAGUACGAGCAGGCCCUGCAGGAUCUGACCGACCUGGUGGACACGGCCCAGGACAAGAUGGCUGCCGACCAGAGGAUCAUGGCCAACUCUGUUGAGGAAGUCCAGAAUCUCCUAGAUAAACACAAGGAGUUUUUCCAGGGUCUGGAGUCUCACAUGGUCCUUACGGAGACCUUCUUCAGGAAGAUUGUGGGUCUAGUUGGGUCCAGGGAGAGCCAGGUGCUGGAGGAGACACUGGCUCAGGCUCAGGGAGUCCUGAAGGAGGCGCACAAUCGUGGCGUGGAGCUGGAGUUUAUCCUGGAGACAUGGGGCUGUCUAGUGCAGGACUACCAGUGUCUAUAUCGCCACCUGGAGACUGUGGAGAGCAGCAUCCCCACUGUGGGAAUGGUGGAGGAGACUGAAGAGAAGCUUCAUGACAGAAUCUCACUAUACAAGGGUCUGAAGGGCCGGCUGAUGGAGCACCAGCACAAGCUGUACCAGGUGCUGGAGGAGGGGAAGCGCCUCCUGCUGUCGGUUUGCUGCCCUGUGCUGGAGAACCAGCUCACCUUGCUGGGGGAACACUGGCUCAGCAACACCACCAAGGUGAACAAGGAGCUACAGCGUCUGGACACCAUCCUCAAACACUGGACCAGGUACCAGAGGCAGUCUGCUGAGCUGAAUGAAUGGCUGCAGUCGGCUCUGGAGCGGCUGGAGUUCUGGAACACACAGGCUGUUUUGGUCCCACAGGAGCUGGAGACCAUCAGAGACCACCUCUCCGCCUUCCUGGAGUUCUCUAAGGAGGUGGAGGCAAGGUCCAGUCUGAAGGCCUCGGUGCUGAGUGAGGGGAACCGGCUGCUGCGGCUGAAGAAAGUGGACACGGCGGCACUGCGGGCCGAAGUGGCACGUGUGGACUCACAGUGGGCAGAGCUUCUGACACGCGUCCCAGUGGUGCAGGAGAAACUGCAUCAGAUCCAGAUGGAGAAGCUGGCCUCCCGACAUGCCAUCGCUGAGCUGUUCAACUGGAUGUCGCUGAUGGAGAAUGUCAUCCAGGAAGACGAGGAGAAUUUGAAGAGCGCUGUGGGGUCGAUGGUCAUCCAGGACUACCUGCAGAAGUACAAGGGCUUCAGGGUCGACACCAGUUGUAAGCAGCUGACGGUGGACUUUGUCAACCAGUCGGUGCUGCAGAUCAGCAGUCAGGAUGUGGAGAGCAAACGCAGUGACAAGACCGACUUCGCCGAGCAGCUGGGGGCCAUGAACCGCCGCUGGCAGCUCCUGCAGGGCCAUAUCACAGAGAGGAUCCAGUUCCUGGAGGGUUUGCUGGAAAAGUGGGUGGAGUAUGAGAGCAGUGUUCAGGCCCUCAAGUCGUGGAUGAGCGGUCAGGAGGAGCGACUGAAGAGGAAGCACCGCCUGGAGGAUCUGACAUCCGUUCAGAGCGCGCUCAAAGACUGCCAGGAGAUGGAGGAGAUGGUGAAGGAGAAGGAGAAGGAUCUGGAACGGGUGGAGGAGCAGGGCUGUGCCCUCGUCCAAAACAAGACCGACGAGGCCUGUGCCAUCGUCAUGGAAACACUGCAGGGAGUCAACCACACCUGGGCCAACCUGGACCACUUGAUAGGACAGCUGAAGAUCAGUCUAAGGUCGGUUCUGGACCAGUGGAGUCUUUACAAACGGGCCUCGGAGGAAAUCAACGGAUACCUGAUGGAAGGACGAUACUCCGUGUCCCGCUUCCGCCUCCUCACUGGAUCACUGGAGGCCGUCGAGCUGCAGGUGCAGAGUUUGCAGAAUUUGCGAGAGGAGUUGGAAAAGCAGGAAAGCAGUCUGAGGCGGUUCGGCGCUGUGACUCACCAGCUGCUGAGGGAAUGUCAUCCGUCAGUGUCCGAAUCACUCAACAACUCCCUGAAGGACGUCAAUGCGAGGUGGACGGGCCUGCUGGAGGAGAUCUCGGAGCGUCUGCGGAGCAGCAAAGCUCUGCUACAGCUCUGGCAGCGCUACAAGGAGCUGCAUGAGCAGAGCCGCAGCCACCUCCAGCAGCAGGAGGAGCAGGCUGACCGGCUCCUCAAAGCAACCUGCAGCAAGGACAUGGCCGACGAGGAGGUGUCCGACUGGAUCCAAGAGUGCACUGAGCUGCUGCGGUCUCAGGCUCCGGUUCAGGCCGGUCUGCAGGUUUUGCACGAACUGGGCGAGCAGCUGAAGCAGCAGGUCGACACGUCGGCUGCCUCCGCCAUCCAGUCCGACUACCUCUCCCUUAGCCAGCGGCUCGCUGCCGCUGAACAGGCACUCACCAGACAACUCGCCACACUGCAGACUGGAGUCCAGGACUAUGAGACCUUUAAUGAGCAGCUGGAGUCUUUGGGUCGGUGGCUCGUGGAGGCUGAGAAGGCUCUGAAGGCCCAGGAUCCAAACAGCUCCUCUGACCUGUCAGUCAUCCAGGACCGCAUGGAGGAGCUCAAGAGGCUGAUGCUGAGAUUUAGCAGCAUGGCUCCUGAACUGGAUCGCCUCAAUGAACUUGGUUACCGGCUUCCUCUGAAGGACUCUGAGAUCAAACACAUGCAGAACCUCAACAGGAGCUGGACGUCCAACUCAGCACAGACCACUGAGAGAUUCAGUAAACUGCAGUCAUUCUUGCUGCAGCAGCAGACGUUUCUGGAGAAAUGUGAGACAUGGAUGGAGUUCCUGGUCCAGACGGAGGAGAACUUGGCAGUGGAGAUCUCUGGAAACUACCAGAGUCUGAUGGAGCAGCAGAAAGCCCAUGAGUUGUUCCAGGCAGAGAUGUUCAGCCGCCAACAGAUCCUUCACUCCAUCAUCAGCGAUGGACAGAAGAUGUUGGAGCAGGGCCAGGUAGAUGACAGACAUGAGUUCAACCUCAAGUUGCCGCUGUUGAGUAACCAGUGGCAAGGUGUGGUGCGGCGGGCACAGCAGAGGCGGGGCAUCAUCGACAGCCUGAUUCGCCAGUGGCAGCGUUACAGAGAGCUGGUGGACAAACUGCGUAAAUGGCUGCUGGAGGUCUCUCAUCCUGCUGAGGUGCUGCAGGCUGGCGCUGGGGUGCCGCUGCAGCAGGCCCGCGCCAUGCUGGACGCCGUCCAGCUGAAGGAGAAGGUGCUGCAGCGUCAGCAGGGCAGCUUCAUCUUGUCGGUGGAGGCCGGCAAACAGCUACUCCUGUCGGCAGACAGUCGGGCGGAGGUCUCCCUGCAGGAGGAGCUGACAGACAUCCAGGAGCGCUGGAGACAGACCAGCACUUCCCUGGAGGAGCAGAGGAGGGAGCUGGUCUCCUUGUUGAAGGACUGGGAACGGUGUGAAAUAGGAAUUGGAGGAUCUCUGGACAAGCUGCGAGCGUUUAAACGUCAGCUGUCUCAGCCUCUUCCUGACCACCAGGAGGAGCUGCAGGCUGAACAGAUGCGGUGCAAGGACCUGGAGAGCAGAUUUGAUGGCUGGACAGAGGACCUGGCCCGUCUGAGUGUACUGAGAGAGUCGCUGUCGUCCUUCAUCGGCUCUGAAGAUCUAUCCGUCCUGCAGGAACGCAUCGAGCUGCUCCACCGCCAGUGGGAAGAAAUCUGCCACCAGCUGUCCCUGCGCAGGCAGCAGGUGGGGGAGAAGCUGAAUGAAUGGACGGUUUUCAGCGAUAAGUAUAAGGAGCUGUGUGAGUGGCUCACCAACAUGGAGAACAAAGUCUCCCAGAACGGCGACAUCAGCAUCGAGGAGAUGAUCGAGAAGCUCCGCAAGGAUUACCAGGAGGAGAUCACCCUGGCUGAGGACAACAAGCUGCACCUCCAGGAGCUCGGGGAGCGUCUGGCGAGGGCCAGCCAUGACAGCAAAGCCUCGGAGAUCCAGCAGAAAUUGGGCAAGGUGAAGGAACGCUGGCAGCACCUGCUGGACCUGGUGGGAGCCAGGGUGAAGAAGCUGAGGGAGACGCUGUUUGCUGUUCAGCAGCUGGAUAAAAACAUGAGCAGCUUGCGGUCCUGGCUGGCCCACAUCGAGACCGAGCUGUCCAAACCCAUCAACUACGACAGCUACAACUUCCAGGAGAUCCAGAGGAAGUUAGACUUGCAGCAGGAGUUACAGCGGGACAUAGAGCGGCACAGUACCGGCGUGGCGUCUGUAUUGAAUCUGUGUGAGGUUCUCCUUCAUGACUGUGACGCGUGUGCCACCGACGCUGAGUGUGACUCCAUCCAACAGGCCACUCGCAGCCUGGACCGCCGCUGGAGGAGCAUCUGUGCCUUGUCUAUGGAGAGGAGGCUCAAGAUCGAGGAGACGUGGCAUCUCUGGCAGAAGUUCUUGGAUGACUUUUCUCGUUUUGAAGAGUGGCUGUCGGCGUCGGAAAGGACAGCUGCCCUGCCCAACUCCUCUGGUGUUCUGUACACUGUGGCCAAGGAGGAGCUGAAGAAGUUUGAGGCCUUCCAGCGGCAGGUCCAUGAGAGUCUGACUCAGCUGGAGCUCAUUAACAAACAGUACCGCCGUCUGGCCCGUGAGAAUCGCACCGACGCUUCCUGUCAGCUGAGGGAAAUGUCCCAUGAUGCCAACCAGCGCUGGGACAACCUGCAGAAGAGGCUGACGUCCAUCCUACGCAGGCUGAAGCAUUUCAUCAGUCAGAGAGAAGAGUUUGAGACCAACAGAGACGGCCUCCUGGUGUGGCUGACGGAGAUGGACCUGCAGCUCACCAACAUUGAACACUUCUCUGAAUGUGACAUCCAGGCCAAGAUCAAGCAACUCAGAGCUUUCCAGCAGGAGAUCUCCCUGACCACGCCAAAGGUGGAGCAGGUCUUCCAGCAUGGCGAGGCGCUGAUGGAGAAGAGUGAGCCGCUGGAUACCACCGUCAUCGAGGAGGAGCUGGAGGAGCUGCAGCGCUACUGCCAAGAGGUGUUUGGACGCGUGGAGCGCUACUACAAGAAGCUCAUCCGCCUCCCCCUGACCGACGAGGACACAGAAGCAUCUUUGUCAGACCGCGAGCUGGAGCUGGACGAGCCGGGUGACCUGUCCAGCCUGCCGUGGAGUGAGCGUCUGGGCGAUGGUUUCCUGUCGCCGCUGCCCUCCUCCAGCCGCUCGGCCUCACUGGCGGCUCCGUUGCGGGCGGAGCCUUCAGGUCGAGACACACCAGCUAGUGUGGACUCCAUCCCGCUGGAGUGGGACCACGACUACGACCUGAGCCGCGGCCUGGAGAGCGCCAGCCGCGCCCUGAGAGAGCAGCAGAGCGAGGAAGGCGACUUCCUGCAGCGGCCCUCCUCCGCCCUGUCAGAUUUAGUGAUCCCUGAGAGCACAGAGGCCUAUGUUAAAUUUACUGAGCAAACACUGAGGUCCUCUAAUGGAGAGGUUGGUUCGGUGGACUCACAGGGUCAGGGGUCACUGGAUCCCGGCCGCUUCCCCCUGCAGCAAACACACAGCAUGCGAAGCCGGAGCUCCACCGGCACAGAAGCAGAUGUGUCCUACACGGGAUAUCUGCGUCUGCUCGGUGAGUGUCGCGGCAGCAUUGAUGCGGUGAAGAGGAUGGGCUUUGAGCUGAAGGAGGAAGAGGACACGGCGUCCGGACUGGCCGACCCCAGCAGCUCAGAGUCCCAGACAUCAGGAGUGAUUGAGCGCUGGGAGCUGCUGCAGGCUCAGGAUUUGAGCAAAGGGCUCGGGCUGAAGCAGAACCAACAGCAGUGGCAGCAGCUGGACUCGGACCUGAGCAGCAUCUGGGUCUGGCUCUGUCAGACGGAGGAGGAUCUGGAGCAGCAAAGGAGACUGGACCUCAGCACCGACCUGCAGAUCAUAGAGCAACGCAUCAAGAAGCUCAAGGAGCUGCAGAAGUCUUUUGACAGGCGUAAGGCCAUCGUACUGUCAGUCAACCUGUGCAGUGCCGAGUUCAUACAGUCCGACACAGAGGAGAUGCGCGAACUUCAGGCCCGACUGAAGAACAUGAACAACCACUGGGAUAAACUGGGCUGCUCCCUGGAGGAGUGGAGGAGCGCUCUGCAGGAGGCACUCAUGCAAUGUCACGACUUCCAUGAGAUGAGCCAUGGUCUUCUUCUGUGGUUGGAAAACAUCGACCGCCGGAGGAACGAAGUAGUUCCCAUCGAUCCGGUCCAAGACAGCGACACACUGCAGGAGCAUCACAAAACCCUGACACAAAUCCGUCGUGAGCUGCUGGACUCUCAGCUGAAGGUGGCAUCACUGCAGGACAUGUCGCUCCAGCUACUGGUCAACUCACAGGGCAGUGACUGUCUGGAGGCUAAAGAGAAGGUCCACGUCAUCGGGAACCGUCUGAAACUGCUCCUGAAGGAGGUGACACAUGACCUCCGUGAGCUGGCCAAGAUCCUAGACAUCAGCAGCAGCCAUCAGGAUCUGCUGUCCUGGUCAUCUGCUGAUGACUUGGACACAUCUGGUUCUCUCAGUCCAGUGUCAGGAAGGAGUACGCCCAGUCGCCGUCGAUCGCAACGGGGCAAAUGUAGUCUGUCACAACCUGGACCCUCUGUGAGCUGUCCACACCACAGGUCUCACAGCGGCGUUGGGUCCGGUUCCUCCCGUUCUGACUUGGAGACGCCUUCAGACCGUAGCCACUCGUUUGUGCGUCGUGUCCUGUGGGUGGCGCUGCCGCUGCAGCUUUUCCUGCUGCUGCUGUUGGGUUUAGCCUGUGUACUGCCCCUGUCGGAGGAAGACUACACCUGCGCUCACACAAACAACUUUGUUCAUUCCUUUUACCCCAUGCUCAGCUACACCAAUGGACCACCGCCGGUGUGAGCCAGACCACCAUGGUGUGAGCCAGACCGCCACGGUGUGAGCCAGACCACCACGGUGUGAGCCAGACCA